AACUGUUUGUAGUGUCAAAAAGACAUUAAAGUUCCAACUUCAUGAAAGAUGGUUAUCAUGGCAUGAUAGUGGUGGCGAGUGAUUGACAACUUUCCAUAUGUUUUGGUCCGUCUGUCCAGAAUCACACAAACAAGUCCGUGGCGUGCCCCCUCGAGGUGUGGCACGAGACGAGGGGAGGUGUGUAUCAUGAAUAUUGAACACAUAAGCCAACCAUGCCUCCUCUCUUGCCUUGCCCUAUGAGAUGUGACGUCACGUGAACUGCCCGUGUUCGUUCCAGCUGAGAGGACAGCCGUCGCGCAGCCCAAUUCCAAGCCCGUGCCCGUGCAUCGGUACAUUGGCUACAGAAAAUACGCGGGGGAAAAGUGGAGCCCUCCCCUCCCGAAAGAACGAUAGAGCGACAACACCGCAGAAAGAAAAAAGCAAUAGGCUACUGCUUGUCAUCCGACCAAUAGCGACGCGUACUCGGAGCCAUCUCCGGUUCUCGCUCUUCAUUAUUUGUUUUCAUUUGACAUUUUGAAGCAGUACAUUAUUUUUUCCUUGCUUUGACAUUCAUUUUGUUCAUAUUUUAAUAGUUUUUGCUUUUCUGUUGUCAACUCAGGACAUUUUACUAUAACUUCUAACGUUAUUGAUCUCCAGCUCGGAUUUUAUUUUGUUCACUUUUGCAUUGACCAUGGACACCAGUCAUAGGCUACUUAAUUAGUUGGAAGUUUCCCGUUUCUCUCUUUUGAGGGAAAACAACUUGAUCUGAACCAAGGAAUUAUAGAACAACAUAGGACUGUAACAAAUCGAGUGGAAUACUUCUAGCCUAUGAUGAAACAACAGUGGCUCUAAAACAACGUUAUUGCCUAAAUCGAGGGAAAGCGGUGAGUAAUCUGCCAGUCAUCUCGACUCCGUCUGCGUCCCAGGAUCCUAAUCAACAACCCCGUCCGGCCAACUAUGUCCAGGCAGCUCACUCAGCUCCUGACCCCGGACCUCCCAGCCGGUGCUAGCCCACAGUUCGGGACUUGCAACCAAUCUGGUGGAUCCAUCAGCGGUGGACACAUCAACUCCAUGGCUAGUUUGAAAUCGCUCUUGCAGCAUCCCAUGAAGGGAGACCGAGCUAGUCUGAAAGACUGCUGUGACGUAAAAGACAAAGAUAGAACCAUCACAGACAUGGAUGAGGACUCCAUCGGUGGGGGGAGCGGUGGCUGCCACAUGCGCAGUGGCAGCAGUGGGGUGGGCAGCGCUGGCAGUAGUGGCUGUGGCAGCGUUGGCGGUGGUGGAGGAUCGGGUGCAGGAUUCAACCAGUCUGCCUUCCUGGGACCCCUCCUGUGGGAGAGAACACUGCCGGUGGAUGGAGGCCUCUUCCAGCUGCAGUACAUGGACCUGGAGGAGUUCCUCACGGAGAACGGGAUGGGCGGGGUCCACGGGCAAAACAGUUCCAGUACAGCCCAGAUUCCUUCCCAGAGUUCCCAGUCAGCGGUGCCCAAUCAGAGUUCUCAGUGCCCUCCCUCAUCGCCCCCACCCUGCUCAUCAGCCUCUUCUUCUUCCUCAUCAUCCUCCCCAUCUCUUAUUGGUCUGGAAGUGGCCCAGUCCAACAUGCAGGGAGGACUUGACUAUGGAGGCAGCCAGUCGAGCAUGAAUGAUGACUGUGGCUCGCCAGGCUCCUCCGUCUCUUCUUCAUCCUGUACUCCUCUCAUGACGCCCACCUCCAACGGGCCGGACAUGAUGGGCGGCUUUGAACCGGACGCGGCCGACGUGGCUCUCUCCAGCAUCCCCGGCCAGGACGCCUUCGACCCCCGCAGACACCGAUUCAGUGAGGACGAACUCAAGCCACAGCCCAUGAUCAAGAAGGCCCGCAAGAUGCUGGUGCCGAACGACCUCAAGGUUGGUAGUCAGAGAGAUGAUAAGUACUGGUCACGGCGGUGUAAGAACAACGAGGCAGCAAAGCGUUCGCGAGAUGCACGGCGCUUGAAGGAGAACCAAAUCUCGGUCCGCGCCGCUUUCCUGGAGCGAGAGAACCAAGCCCUGAGACAGGAAGUGGCCGACAUGAGGAAGGAGCUUGGUCGCUGCCGCAACAUCCUCAACAAAUAUGAAAAUCGCCAUGGAGACCAGUGAAGAAGUGGAGAAUGAGGAAGGAUUGUUACGAUGAGGAACUGUUGACGAUCAUGACAAUGAUAAUGAUGAUGAUGAUGAUGAUGAUGAAUGUAUGAGACAAUGAAAAGGAUGAUUUAAAGAAGCUCAGGUGUCACAUGUUGAUGAUGUCAGAGUGGGCAGGUUAGAGAAAGAGAGAUUACGUAAUCAGGAGGAUUGUUGGAGCUUUAGAUGAGCGAAGGAAAGACGUGGUUUUGAAGAUUUUGAUAUCUGAGAAUUGUAUAUUUUUAUAUUACUGAUAUAAGACUAGAGUGGGAGCAAAUUUUGGAAAUAAUUUUUGUAUAUUUUCUAUAUGAGAGGGAAAAUAUGUAAGAUAUAGGGAGAUGGAGGGCUAUGACAAAAAAAUACAUUUUUAAAGUAGAUUGGUAAAGGAGACGCUAUUUUCCAGGUGGCUGUGUUGGAUUUUAAGACAUAGAUACAGUCCAGAAACAGGAACAGGGAAGGUGCGACAAGGAGGCCAUUUUAAAUUGUAAAAUAGAGCAAAAUGAUUUUAAAACUGUACAGUUCAACAUUUCUUUGUAGAUUUUACACAAGCACUUACUUUGUUUUCUUUAUUAUGUUUCUGAAGUUGGGGUUUGGGCUGAAAUGGAAAAAAAGUAGAAGAGAGAAAUGAGACAACCCUAUUAACCCAGCAUCAUUCGCUGCACUUGUCCUGUGUUAAUAUCAAGCCCUUGAUAUUUUCACAUCAACAUUCAUUAACAGGCCCAGACUGUUAAGUAAUGGGUUAUAUGUCUGGGCUUUUGUGCAAAUGCUCCCACAGCUUCCCACAGUCUUCUCUGUCAUAUAGAGAAGAGUAGUACAUGACCCAUUCCCUCACAUCUCCACUAUAUACUCAUAUUGCUGAACCCGAGGGAAUCCCUCCUUCUCUUUCUGUCACUUUUUGUCUUUGGAUUAUUGUCAAUUCGAACUGAUGUAGAAUAUCCUGCCCAAAAUGGGUUGGAAAUACUUUUUUAGUUGUUCUUUUGCCCUGUGUUAUGGAGGACUAUUUUGAUCUUUUCUCUUGGCAUUAGGAUGUUCUCAUCCUUCAUGUGUUUUUUGUAUGAAAUUCAAUAACCAACAGUAAAUAUCACUUCCAACCAAUCCCAAAAUAGCUUUGUUUACCUUUAACCAAUCCAAAUAGCCUGUUUCUGUCUCUGUGGUGUAGAUUGUAUACCACAAUGUCUUCACAUCCUAAAUAGCCCACCAUUAACCCAGGAAAAAGCACACUUGUAUUACUGUACUAUAUGAAUGAUUUUAAUUAGCAUUAUUAAUAUUGUUGGUAGAAGAGAAAUAUUGUCUAUAUUGAAUAUAUAUAUGUGUGUGUAUAUAUAUAUAUAUAUAUAUAUACACACACACAUAUGUGUGUGUGUGUGUGUGUGUGUGUGUAUAUGUACCAGUUUUGGUAUUUUACAUAGGUAAAUGUGUGGAUGUUACAGAGAUGAGAUGCGUGUAUGACUGCAUAUAUGCAAAUGUAUUCCAGGAGACAGGGUCUGUGGCAGGGUAUCAUCUAAAAUGAACCCCCUUUUCCCACAUAUACCUAGGGAAUAGGUCAUCAUUAGAGAUGAUCAUCUAUUACUCUCCUUGUCGAUUGGAAUGGUGUUAAAUUCUCAGAUUUCUGGGACUAAUAAAAAGCCAAAAGGUAAAAUUUUGAUUUAUUGAGGUUGUUGAUACUUUAUGUCAGUUUUCCAAAAUGUUUUGUGUUGUUGAGCAUCGUCUUGGUUUCCACAUAGACUGUAAGGUGGCAUGGUUCACUUCCAACCACUAAACCCUGGGGAGACAAAGGGCCCAGUCAAAACAGUGAUAGAGUGCUUCUCUUCCUCCAUGACCAUGUUAUAAAUACUAACUACCAUUACAAUUAUUACUGUUAUUAUUAUGAUUAUGAUGAUUGUUAUCCUUCUUUAUUGUUGCUGUUAUAUAUAAUUGAAUUAUUUUAUUUCUUUGGAUGAACAAGAUCAGUUGCAUUUUGAAGCUUCGUAAGCUAUCCUCAGAGAGACUAUUCAGAAAUGCAUCCGCGUUUAUGUGUCACUUCCUGCCCUACAACAUGUAAAUCAUAUUUUGGCCGCUCGACUGGCGCUGGUUUGUUCAUAAUCCCUGCAGACAUUUUCUACCCGGACUUCCCUGAAACACAGUUCCCAGAGGAUGGCAGCCAUCUUGGUUUCUUUGUUGAUCAUGGAUUCCACAAACUUGCUGGCUCAUGUCUUACCUGGAAAAUGACAGUGGUAGAAACCCAUUCAACCGUUGACUGUACAGUUCUGUUCUCUUGCUGUGUAUGGACUAUGCACACUAACCACAGUGUUCCUCUUUGUUUUCUGCAGCCUAUUUUCACCUCAGUGACUGUACUUAUGCUCUCCCAACUGGAUGUUGUUCCUAAUCUCCUCCCCAAUGUGGAUGAUGAUAACUCUUAUAGUGACUUUUAUUGAACUACAAAUACCAAUCUGCACCAGUGGUGUCCACUUUUCCAGCCCACUCAGUGCUCGUAAUGGGGAUUUAGUCCAGCUUUCCCGAAAACACAAAUUAAAGAUUGUUCUUACUUA